AUGGAGCCUAUUCCCAAUCCAAGUUCGGCCCAUCCAAUCACCGAGGAGCGCCCGGGUGAGGCUCCAAUCUUUGACUGGGACUGGACUGAAACUCUGGCCCAGAGCUGGGAAACGCUGCUGCUGAUCCUGUCCACCUUCUGGUGCAUCCUGCUUGCUCGAGUCGUUACCCAAAAGCUGCAGCUCCAUGACUCCCCCAACCUCUGCUAUGCUGUGGAGUUCGGUCUGGUCAUCUUGCCCUGCAUUUUGCUCAUCACAGUGGCCGUGGACUACAGCAACUACAUAGGAUUUGUGAUGUUUUCGGGGACCCUUUGGUUCCUGCGGAAGAAUAGGGUUUUGGAGCGUGCUCGAACUCGCGGUCAGUUCGAUUUGGGUGGCAAUCGACACAUGGCCUUGUCCGUACUGCGUGCCCUGACCCACCUGAUCACAGCCAUCAACAUUUUGGCCAUAGACUUUGGCAGUUACUACAGACCCUAUCGGAAGAGCCUGCAGUUUGGAGCCAAGCUAAUGGACACUGGCAUUGGGUUGUUUGUCUUCACCAUGGCCAUGGUGUCGCGGAGGACUCACAACUGGUCGGAUCUUCGCCGGAUUGCGGUCUACUCCGUCCUGCCGCUCAUCCUGUUGGGCUUGGCUCGCUCCGCGACUGUUUUGGUGCUAGGCUAUGGACAGGAUAUUCACGAGUACGGACAGCAUCUGAAUGCCUUCUUCACCCUAGUAUUCACCAAGUUCUUUGGAGCUUUGCUCAAUAUUUUGGCUCGCAAGGAUCUGCAUUUGCUACCCUUGGGAUUUGGUAUUUUGCUGAUCCACCAGUUUGGUCUGAGUUUCCUGGGCGUCUCCGACUAUGUGAUGAAUGACGAUGUGGAUCGUACAAAUUUCUUUAAUGCAAAUCGCGAAGGUCUAGUUUCCCUGCCAGGAUUUGUGGGCUUGUACGGGUUGUCCAUAUACGUUAAUCGCUGGAUGGUAGCCUCCAGUCUGCUUAGCUACUCCGAGUUGGUCAGGAAGCUGCGUCGUCUGCUCCUUGUAGUGCUCCUCCUGUGGAGCUUGUUCGUUAUUAGUGCCUACGGAAUCGGAAUCUCCCGAAUGACCUGCAAUUUGGGCUAUGUUAUUUGGAUGCUGGCCAUUGGAAGCACCUCUUUGUGGGCCAGCUUUGGAGCCAUAGACUUUGUGAUCAACAGUGUGAUGCCCUGGGAAUCGAGUCCGUCGGACGAGCAGGAAAAGGGUCUGGUUACAAGAGGAACGGUUGCCAAGGGAGGAGAUAAAUCCAUUGUUUCAUUUACCAUUAGCCAGGCCUUGAACCAAAAUGGACUAACAUUCUUUGUGGUGGCCAAUGUUUUAAACGGUGCGGUAAACAAAUUUCUUAGGCCAGAAGAUCGGUCUAAUUGUGAAUCUGUGAUCAUCCUGUUGGUCUACAUGUUCCUCGGAACUAGAAUGGCUUAUGAAUUGCUGAAGAGGGGAAUUCGAUUAGCCUAA